AUGUAUAUUACAUUGGUAGCAGGUGCAGGAAGUAAGUUGUUUGAAUCAUUAAUUAUGUUUCCAUUAGAUACAAUAAAAACCAGACUCCAAUUUCAAGGUGAUUUUUCAAAAAGUUCAAUUAGAAACAAGUAUAGUGGUAUUUUAAAUGCAAUAUAUACAUCAGCAAAAACAGAGGGAAUUAAAACUUUUUUCAGAGGUUAUAUACCACACACAUUAUAUGUAUUACCUGCAUCUGGUAUUAGUUUUUUAUGUUACGAAUCAAUUGUUAAAGAGGCAAAAAAAUCACAUAAAUAUAAAACUAUGAUGACCGAGAUAGGUACUAUUAAAUCAAAUGGAGACAAAACAGAACAAGGAUAUAUAGUUUUACCAAUAUUAGCAAUGGUUGGUGCAAGGGUGAUUGGUUCAGUAAUUAGAACUCCUUUUGAUAUUAUCAAAAUGAGACAACAAGUAUCAGGUUCAUUAGUAAAUGAAAAUUAUAAACAAAUUAAUUCAAACUCUUUAAGAUCAUUCAAGAGAAUAAUUGAAACUGAUGGGUAUAGAGGUUUAUUUAAAUUUUCGUCAGUAUCACUACUCAGAGAUUUACCAUUUACAGGUAUAUAUUUUUAUAGUUAUGGAAAGUGUCGUAAUUUACAAAAAAAAUGGAUAAACAAAGACCUAAAAAGAAAUGAAAAAAAGAAAAAACUUUCACCAAUUAAUAAUUUAAUAGCUGGAGGUUUUAGUGGAGCCCUGGGUACAAUUUUAACAAUACCAAUCGAUGUAGUUAAAACCAAUUUACAGCUUCAAGAUGCUUGUUUACCCAAAGAUAAACGGUUUAAUGGUGUUAUUGAUUGUUUCAAAUAUAUUAUUAAAACAGAAGGUUACAAAGGUUUAACAAAGGGUUUAGGAACCAGACUGGUGCAUAUAAUACCUUCAGCUGCUUUAUCAUUUGCUUCUUAUGAAUGGAUAAAAAAAAAACUAUCAAAAAAAUAA